AUGUGGAAGACAGCGAGGGACUCAGUGUGUCUCAUAUGCCGUUCGGGGGCGACGACAAGCACAACAACUUCAGCGAGAGCAAGCCUUGAGCCAUGGGUCGGCCAGAGAACGUUUACGACACGGCGCGAGCAGCGCCCUUCGCGCAUGGUGUUGUCCGAUCGUGUUGCCCGACCACCACCAGUACGAGGCCCUGGCGGCGAGCCCAACAAGAGACCCCGGAACAAACCUGAUGGCCCCUGGGCGGGCAUGAACCGAAGAGUUGCGAACAUCGACCCGCGCAAAGCACCCAAACCGAAGCCGGUAGAGGAGGACGACAGGAGGGACAAGAGGGACAAGAAGACCAAGGGACAAAAGGCGCUGAAGAUGCAGCGUGCGCUCACGACCAUCAGCUACGGACAAAGAGCAAGCAUCAAGGAACGGAUGCAGGAGAUCCAGUCUUUCGACCAGUUCGACCUGCUGCCGGUGGUGAAGGAGGCUAUUGCGCAGGAGGCACUCAAGGGAAUGACGGAGAUCAAGCCCACGCCCGUACAGAGACUGGCUAUUCCAGCUCUGCUAGGGCAGCCGAUGGGGAAGAAGCCAAGGCGACCAAAGUCGGAUAAUGGCAGGGAGGAGUUCCUUUUGGCUGCCGAGACGGGAUCUGGCAAGACGUUGGCAUAUUUGGUUCCCGCCGUCAACGCCAUAAAAAAGGGUGAUGCUGAGGAUGAGUUGGUCACCUCUUACAACGAGCGUCUGGCUGCUGAGAAGGAACAUCGUGGAGGUGCGCCCGUGUCCGAGUGGAUCGAGAAGUUCGAGCCUCACCCCAACACAGCCCGGCCUCGUGUGGUUAUCCUCGUUCCCACGGCAGAGCUCGUCGACCAGGUCACCAGCGUGGCCAAGAAGCUCGCUCACUACACCAAGUUCAAGGUACGACCUUUGUCCGCCAGCAUCAGCCCGCUCAGGAACCAGCGCAACCUGUACAGCCCCAUCGGCGUGGACAUGAUCGUAUCGACUCCUCACCUGCUCGCCACCAUCGCCAAGUCGGAUCCCAACGUUCUGUCGCGCGUCACCCACCUCGUCAUCGACGAGGCCGACUCGCUGCUCGACCGCAGUUUCUCGGGCGACACCACCAGCAUCGUCGACCGCGCCAUGCCUUCGCUGAAGCAGCUGAUCCUCUGCUCCGCCACCAUCCCGCGCCGCCUGGACACCUACAUGGAGGAGCAGUUUCCCUACAUCAACCGCAUCACCACGCCCAACCUGCACGCCAUCCCCCGUCGCGUGCAGCUCGGCGUGAUCGACGUAUCCAAGGACCCGUACCGCAACAACAAGAUGCUCGCGUGCGCCGACGCCAUCUGGUCCAUCGGCAAGGAGGCCGCCAAGCACGAAGGGCCCAAAGACAAAGAGAUUGACAUCAAGCGCAUCAUGGUCUUUGUCAACGAGCGCGAGACCACCCAGCAGGUGGCCGAUUACCUGGUAUCCAAGGGCAUCGACGCCAUCGCGCUGCACCGUGACACGGAGGAGCACCGCAAGUCGGAGAUGUUGGCCUCUUUUACUUCGAACGAGCCGAUGAAGAUUAGCAAGCCUGCUUCUUCUGAGGAUGCUGCUUCUGCUGAAGGCAAGACCAGUAGUGCCCUUAGCAGCAACCCUACCAGGAGACAUCUGCCCAAUACCAAGGUCAUUGUGGCGACGGAUCUGGCGUCCAGAGGUAUCGAUACCCUCGCUGUGCGCUUUGUCGUGUUGUACGAUGUGCCGCAUACGACUAUCGAUUUCAUCCACAGGCUGGGCCGCGCCGGGCGCAUGAACCGUCGUGGUAGGGGUAUCGUGUUGGUGGGCAAGGAUGAUAGGAGGGAUGUCGUUGCUGAGGUUAAGGAGAGCAUGUUUAUGGGUCAGGCCCUAGUUUAA